CGCCGCCGCCGCGGCCAACGCGCCCUCGCCCACGCCCCCGCACUACAGCAAGGGCUCCGCCAGCCCCGUCACGUCCUUCCUGCCGCGCUCCACCGCCCCGCUCACCUUCACCACGGCCACCUUCGCGCAGACCAAGUUCGGCUCCACCAAGCUUAAGACCAGCAGCAAGCGGGCCAACCGUGCGAGCGCCGCCGCUCCGUCCCCUGAGGGUGCCCCGCGCUGUUGCAGGAUGUCGCCGACGGAGUUCUCCAACUACAUCAAGCAGCGCGCGCUCCAGCAGCAGCAGAUCCACGGGCAUGCGGCGCCGGCGCCGCCGCCGCCGCACCACGCGGGGCCGCAGGGCUCGCCG